CAAUUUUAUUCUACAGCGUGUCUUCUCCAUUUCUGCAAUUUAUAAGGAUUUACCCGCCACGUGAAUACGUGAUAUCUUUCCCUUUCCCUUCCCAUAAAAGCACCCUUCAUCGUCUUCAACCUCCAAACCCAACUUGAAUUAAGAUCACCUUUUACGUUCUCUAGCUACACGCAUAGUAUAUAGCUUCAGUCUAUAUUCAAACAAACAAAGAUGUCGGUCGCAUGUGGAAUGGAGUGUGUGGUGGUAAUAGGUUGUCUCCGGUGGGCAUGGAAACGUUGUACCUAUAUUGGAUCUUAUGAUAGCGCCACCUGGCCGACAGCUACAGCCGAGGAAUUCGAACCCAUUCCUCGUAUUUGCCGCUUAAUCCUCGCUGUCUAUGAAGAAGAUCUACACAAACCCCAAUACCCUCCUGCAAAUGGGUACAGAUUGAAUCCUGACUGGGUCGUGAAACGGGUAACCUACCAACAGACACAAGGAAAUGCGCCGCCUUACAUAAUCUACUCCGACCAUAAACAUCGCGAGAUUGUUGUAGCGAUUCGUGGCCUCAAUUUGAUUAAGGAUAGUGAUUAUAAGCUGUUAAUGGAUAAUCGCCUUGGUAUGCAGAUGUUUGAUGGAGGAUAUGUUCAUCAUGGUUUGUUGAAAUCUGCGAUUUGGUUGCUUAAUAAGGAAUCUGAAACACUUUGUCGGUUAUGGGUUGAAAAUGGAAGUUCUUAUAAGAUUGUUUUCGCUGGACAUUCAUUGGGUUCAGGCGUGGCGGCGUUGGCAACUAUAAUUGUGGCGAAUCAUCGUGAUCAAUUGGCGGGUAUAGCUAAGAAUCAGCUCCGGUGCUAUUCUGUUGCGCCGGCGAGGUGUAUGUCACUUAACUUAGCUGUUAAGUAUGCAGAUAUCAUUCAUUCUGUGGUUUUACAGGAUGAUUUCUUACCAAGAACUCCAACUCCUUUAGAAGAUAUUUUUAAAUCUGUCUUUUGCUUGCCAUGUUUAUUGUUUGCGGUUUGCUUGAGAGAUAAUUUCAUACCAGAAGGAAGAAAACUUAAGGAUUUUAGAAGACUAUAUGCUCCUGGUAGAAUGUAUCAUAUUGUGGAAAGAAAAUUUUGCAGAUGUGGGAGGUAUCCUCCAGAAGUUAGAACAGCCAUUCCUGUUGAUGGAAGGUUUGAACACAUUGUCUUAUCUUGCAAUGCUACAUCAGACCAUGGAAUUGUUUGGAUUCAUAGAGAAGCAGAGAAGGCUCUUGAAAUAAUGAAAGAAAAUCAACAAGAGGAGACGAGGAUAACGCCUCCAAAAGCACAAAGAAUCGAGAGGAUGGAUACCAUUAAAAAGGAGCAUAGAGAUGCUUUGGAAAGAGCUGUUAGUCUAAACGUGCCUCAUGCAAUGACCACAUGUGAAGUAGAAGAAGAAACGUCGAGAAAGGAGGAAGAAGAAGAAGAAGAAGAAGAUGAGAUUUCAUCUGAUGAUACAAUGAAGACAAAGUCACAGAUUGGAGGGCGAAGAACGAAUUGGGAUAAAAUAGUCAAAAAGCUUUUCAAGAGGAACCAACCGGGUGAAUCCUCAAUGAUAGAACAAGGGCAUAUAGCUAGCUAGAUAGAUAACAACCUUAUUUUACAUCUUUUGUAUUGAUCUUUAUUCAUUUGUUUGUUUGUAUGUUUGUUUAUU